AUGGCACAUAGACUCCCUGCAAUAUCUCUCUCAGACGCUGGGCUCUCUUCGGACGAACAACGUGCCCAAGAGCUUGACAGAUACUACACUCCGACCAAUACAUCAGUGUUGCGUUUGACAGAAAGGGACUCUGCGCUAACAGCUCAUAUGCAACUUUUGUGCUGGCGCCUGGGCAUGCGAAGAGCGUUGGUUAGCCUCAUCAACCGGGACACCCAAUAUUAUGUUGCCGAGUCAACCAAGACAAUGGAUCUCCACAAUCAGAACGAAUAUGUUGAUGAAGAUGAUGGCCCCUUGUCUCUCAACGCGAGUCAUCCCAAGACAGGUAUCCUAUGUGCUGAAACCAUCAAGGCCACGGCUGGAUCUAACAGAAAGCCUCCUUAUUUCGAAGUCUGCGACCUGGCUGCCGAUCCCAACUUUUCUCAGCUCAACAUCGUCGAGGAACUGAAGCUUACCUAUUACUGUGGAGUUCCAAUCACGACAAGCAACAACAUCGUCAUUGGUACCGUCUUUGUCCUAGACGACAAAGUCCGCGAACCACUCUCCUCACAGCACAUACGCUUCCUCACGUCAAUCGCCUACAAUGUCAUGGUCCACCUGGAAAAUCGCAAACAGCGCAUGGAUGUUGACAGAAUCAUGAAGAUGAAUAAAUCUCUUGCAUCUUUCAUGGACUCCCACCAAGAUGAGAGAACGAAAACUCCGCCGGAUCAAGAUUCUUCAGCAGUCAAUGAUCCAGAGACUCGACGCAGCAGCACGGAUAAUUCUUCGGAUGAUGAGCUUCCGCAAGGUAAUAGAGGAAGGGAGUACAAUGAAAUUUUCAAUCGUGCUUCGACUCUACUGAGGCAAUCUCUCACUCUACAAGAAAACGGCGGAGGCGUUGUUUUUCUUGAUACCGCGCCAAAAUCUUCGGGAAGAAGCAGCUCAGCUCAUCGUCACCAGCGGCGUGAGAGUGGUCCCAAACAAGAUUCUUCUCGACUGGUCGCUGAUACUGCCCGCCUGUCUCGGACUCCCUCGGACGAGGAUGGGAACAGGGACGACAGCCAUAGAUCCUUUGCAGCUAUGCUCGCUUGCAGCGUCUGUGCUGCGUCUUCUGACCAGCCUCACCAGGAAUGUCAGCUAGAUAAGAACACGCCUGUCACUAUACAUGUGAAGACUCUUCAGAAGUUCAUCAAGAAAGUUCCAUCAGGACAGAUCUACCAUUUCCCAGAACUACGCGAUCCUCAAACUGGCAAGGUGGUGAGGACAAAGUGCGGAAACUCACAGCAUCAAGGCGAUGUAGAGGAGGCCGACGUGAGAUCCCUUUUCUCACACUUUCCUGGAGCGGUCGAAAUAAUUCUAGUACCUUUGUGGAAUACCCACCUUGGUCGAUGGUCUGUCUGCCUUGUCUACACACUCUCAGGCGAAAGGAACUUCACAUGGGAAAUUGAAUAUUUCUUCUGCCGAGCAUUCUGCAACUGUGUUAAAGCUGAAAUUGACCGUUGCGCCGUCGAGCUGUCGAAUCAACAAAAAGGUGUCUUUAUUGGGUCAGUCAGUCAUGAACUGCGAUCCCCUCUUCACGGUAUCUUGGCCUCCUGCGAGCUCAUUCAGGAGACUGAGAUGUCGCCUUUCCAGGCCUCUCUCGUUGAUACUACCGAAAGUUGUGCGCAUACGCUUCUCGACACUAUUCAAAUGGUCUUGGACUUCAGCAAGGUGAAUGCAUUUACAAAGGAUCAGCCCGGCGAGAAGUUGAACGUCAGGCCACAUGUCGUCAAAGGAGGAGUCGAGCCACUCCUGAGCACAUACUCUCAUGUCAACAUCGCUGCUAUCGCGGAAGAAGUCAUCGAAGGCGUGACGACUGGCUUCCUUGCCAAAAGCGAUCCGAGCAUGGAGUUGGGAUUUUCUGGAGAAAGAGCAAAACGCGACGCCAAAUCACUGGAAGAUCUGUUGGCUAUGCCACAGGCUCCUGUGGAGGUUAUUCUUGAUGUUAGUCCACCACAGGACUGGACCUUUAUUACACAACCUGGAUCAUACCGGCGUAUCAUCAUGAAUAUUUUUGGCAACAGCCUGAAAUACACUGAACACGGCUACAUCAAAAUCGCCCUCAAUUGCGAAGAGAUGAGCACCAAAGACUCAGACCUCUCAAUGGCCAUGGUUCAGCUGAAAGUCACGGAUACAGGCAAGGGAAUUUCUCAAACGUAUAUGGACACCAAGAUGUUCACAUCUUUUGCUCAAGAGAAUCCUUUAGCUCCCGGAACUGGGCUUGGGCUCUCUCUGGUCAGAUCGCUGGUUGAGAUGAUGAAUGGAGAAAUUGAGGUUCGGUCUCAAGUCAACCACGGCACAGAGGUCACAGUGAAGAUUCCAAUGAAGCGU